AUGAUGACUGAAUGCGAUGCGGUGGGGGUCUUCGAAACCGAACCCCGUCGGCGCUGCAAAUUGACCGCUUUGUUCCCAUUGGAAGCAACACCAUCAACACGGACGACGACGAAGAAGAAUAACCACCGCCAUGUCAUGGCUGGCGAGGUCUCUGGCCGACUCCCUCAUCCCCGAUCACCGCAGCGAUAGCGGAGCCGACGAGAUCGCUGCCCGGGCUGCAACGGCCGAGUCCAGACCCCUCGGAUCGGAUGACGGAAGCGGCGAGGAGGAGGUCGAUCCGAGCCGUGGCGUCAAGGAGGACCUCUCCGAGCUCUCCAAAACCCUAGCCCGCCAAUUCUGGGGCGUUGCCUCCUUCCUCGCCCCUCCUUCCCAAUCCUCCGACGGCGAUUCCGGCCGCCGCCACGAUCCCCCGCCCCCCAGCGACAACGGCCAGGCGGAGGCCUCCGAUUCCGCAGCGAUGACUGGGAUCCGGUACGAUUUCGCGGAGAUCGGUGGGAGAUUCAGGUCUGGGUUCUCCAAGAUUUCUGGCAAUAUGGGCGUCUCGGAGAUAUCCAAGAUUGCCUCCAAUUUUCUUCCGCUUCAAGCCGAAGAAGAGGACGAAGAGGAGGAGCAGGAGGAGGAAGAAGACGAUGAUAGCUUUAGUGGCGGCGCUAUUGGCAUCACGGAAGAGGUCAUGGCGUUUGUCCGGAACAUCUCGAUGCAUCCGGAGACAUGGUUGGAUUUCCCACUGCUAUCAGAUGACGAAGAUUCUGAUGAUUUUGAAAUGUCUGAUGCGCAAUUAGAACAUGCACUGACCGUUGAACGCCUUUCGCCAAGAUUGAUUGCUUUAAGAAUUGAACUUUGUCCAACCCACAUGAGCGAAGGGUACUUUUGGAAAACCUAUUUUGUGCUUUUGCAUCCUAGACUCAAUAAGCAUGAUGCCGAACUUCUCUCAACACCCCAGGUCGUGGAAGCCAGAGCCUUGUUGCUACAGAAACUGCAGAAUCAGAAUAAAUCAGAUUCACAGAGGCUAGUUGAUGUCUACAGGAAGUCGGAGGAAACCUCAUUUCCACCUUUAAAGCAGGUCACAGCAUCGACAGAUGCUUAUGAAACCUCAUCAACUGAGAGUCAGCAAAUCAUUUACACUGAGAAGUACCCAGUUCAAGUAGCACAUAUAGAAUUCAUUGACAAAUCCAUUGUCGAAGAAGGGCCACCAACAUCACGCCUUGUGGAACUCAGCAUUGUGUCUAACGCAUCCAUCGAAAGGUCGGAUGAUGAUGAUGAUGACGACUGGCUGAAAGAUGAAACAGGAGAUAUUGAUUGUUCAGGGAGUCUCACCAUUGCUAUGUACAACGAGGACGUGUCUUUUAGUGAUCUUGAGGAAGAUGAACCUGAUGCACCUAAAGCUCUGAAAUGAUUGUUCAGAUGAUCCCAUAGUUUUGACGUCACAUGUAUGGUAUUGUUUUCUUCAGAUUAUGAACUGCUGCUUAUCGAAUGGGAAACACCUUUGUGUAUUAUUCUUUUUCAUUGGUAACUUGCUGUCUUGUAUA